AUGGUCGGUCGUCCUCGCUCAAAAGGUUGUUCUACCUGCCGAACCCGUCAUCUGAAAUGCGGUAUGAAUCAGCCAAACGAGAAACGGCCUGUAUGUUCGCGCUGCGAAAAAGACAAGUUCGAUUGCGGACCUCCCUCCGACGAUUUGCGAGUCAUUCAAUACAGUUCUGCAAAGUCGCUCCCACGCAUGCAAUUCAGUCCGUUUGCUGCGACAGACGACAAUGUGUUCAUAACUCAUCUAAACCACAAGUUGUUCUCAGAGCAUGAUACGCGUGUUCGCUGGGUUGGCUUCAACGCCAUGGCAAGACCAAACACUUUGCCCUGGAGAUGCUUGCUCGCACUUUCCAAAUCGUUCUAUGGUCGUGUCCAGCACCGGUCAAGUAUAACAAAACAGGGUAUUGUCUUGUACGGUCAAUGUCUAGAAAGUAUCAAUAACGCGCUGUCUCAUGUGAGCAAGCACUCCAUGACUGACAUGCUUUUAUCGAUCAUGAUUAUGGGAUUCUACGAGGCAAGAUGCGACCUUUGUACUUCUAUUGAGAUGCUAUCUGACCAUAACAGANUGAUGCUUUGCACUAGUACAGAUGCUUGGAUCCGACAUGGCCAGGGUAUUUCAGCACUGUAUCAAUUGCAUGGACCAGAAGCUUGCAAGGACAAGCAGGUUUUCGAACUCUUUCGCAGCAGCAGAUUCCUCAUCAUACUCUCCUCGCUAGCCUGCAGACGACCCACUUUUCUCUCAGAACAAUCAUGGAAAACAAUACCGUGGCAACAGCAGAACGUAGCAAAGGACAGCAUGGACCGUCUUCUUGACACUAUGUCUGAUGUACCCGUUCUCAGAGGGACAUUGCUCGCAUUGCAGAACAUCGACGAUGCAGAUGAGUCUCAUGCAGCCGCUUACUAUAACCUAGCAGAAAAUGCCCUUGCGGUGUUUACUCGACUUCAAGAUUGGCGAAAGAGCUGGGCUGCCUCGCCGGAAGGCCAUAUCAUCAGCGUCUCAGCGGAUGGAGAUCAACCAGAGAAGCAGUCUCUGCAUUUCAACAGUCUCUACGCAGCGAAUUGUUGUUCGCUGUACGAUGCUUCACUCAUACUAGUACUCGAGACCAUUCUCUUGUCUGCGCAACCUGGACAACUGUAUUCCGGAGCUGCAACGACACUAUACGAGAAAGCACGUCAAGCAGCCAUAGAAAUCUGUGCAAGUCUAGACUUCCAGCUCCAAAACUCGCAUACCAGACUUGGUCAAUUGUUUGUUCUGUGGCCGUUGCGAGAGGCUGGAAAGAUCCUAGACAAAGGUAGUCCUGCAGAACAAUCUCUCUUGGGACGGCAGAAGCAGAAACUAGCCACUGGCAACGACUCCUGGGAAAUCGCGAAGUCCGCUUUCGGGACGUAUGGUUGA